AUGGCUGUCCGAAUUCCUAGAGUUAAACUUGGGAGUGAGGGAUUUGAGGUUUCCAAGUUGGGACUUGGUUGUUUGGGACUUACUGGAUUUCACAAUGCUCCCCUAGCUGAAGAGGUUGGCAUAUCAAUCAUCAAGCAUGCAUUCGAUAAUGGAAUAACGUUCUUCGAUACAUCAGAUAUUUAUGGACCAGAAACUAAUGAAGUUUUGAUUGGAAAGGCAUUGAAGCAGCUGCCUCGAGAUAAGGUUCAGGUUGCCACAAAGUUUGGUAUUGUAAGUGUCAAGGAACCACAAGUUACACUUAAUAGCAGUCCUGAGUAUGUUCGCUCCUGCUGCGAGGCUAGCCUGAAGCGCCUUGAUGUGGAGUACAUUGAUCUCUACUAUCAGCACCGUGUCGACACAUCAGUACCAAUAGAGCAUACAAUGGAGGAACUAAAGAAGUUGGUGAAAGAGGGGAAGAUAAAGUAUAUCGGAUUAUCUGAAGCCAGCCCAGAAACAGUAAGGAGGGCGCAUGCAGUUCAUCCCAUUACUGCAUUACAAAUGGAGUGGUCACUUUGGACUCGCGACAUUGAGGAAGAAAUCGUCCCACUUUGCAGGGAACUUGGAAUCGGGAUAGUGCCAUAUAGCCCUCUUGGUCAAGGGUUUUUCGGCGGCAGGGCAGUUGUGGAAGCUAUACCUGCAGAAAGUCAUCUGGACUGGCUUCCUCGCUUUCAACGAGACAACUUGGAGAAAAACAAAGACCUUUAUGCUAGAACACAGAAGUUAGCUGAAAAACAUGGAUGCUCCCCUGCACAACUCGCGCUUGCCUGGGUUCUUACUCAAGGAGAUGAUGUUGUACCUAUUCCUGGCACAACUAAGUUAAAGAAUCUGGAUGAUAAUAUUGGUUCCUUGGGAGUGAAACUCACUAAAGCAGAUAUGAAAGAGAUUUCUGAUAAGAUAUCUAUCAAUGCAGUGGCUGGGAAAAAUGCACCCGAUGCCUUUUUUCGCUGCUCAUGGAAGUUUGCAAAUACACCACCAGCAAAAGAUGGCAAAAUACCAUCUUAUAUGUUUGGAUGA